AUGUCAAUCGAACACCAAACAACACAGUAUAAAACAGCUGGUGGUAAUGCUGCGUUUCAUAACUUUAUCAACGAUUUCGCAGACAUUGAGGACCCACUCGAAAGAAAGAGAUUGGCCUUGGAGAAAAUUGACAAUGCUUCAUUCAGUUGGUAUCAUAUAAGGGCAAUUGCAGUUGCCGGAGUUGGGUUUUUAACUGACUCUUAUGAUAUUUUUGCCAUUAAUAUGGCAAUCCCAAUGAUUGCCAAUGUCUACUUUAAUGGUAAGAUUCCUUCUUCUACUGAAACUCUUUUAAAAGUCUCUACUUCUGUUGGUACGGUCAUUGGUCAAGUUGGGUUUGGUAUGUUGGCGGAUUUAGUUGGUCGUAAGGCAAUCUAUGGUGUGGAAUUAAUCAUUAUGAUUGCAGCCACGGUUUUACAAUGCUCCAUUGGUGAAUCUCCAGGUGUUAAUUUCCCUGCAAUUUUGACCUUUUACAGAAUUGUUAUGGGUAUUGGUAUUGGUGGAGAUUAUCCAUUAUCUUCGAUUAUUACAUCUGAAUUUGCAACUACAAAAUGGAGAGGUGCAAUAAUGGCUGCCGUUUUUGCUAAUCAAGGUUGGGGCCAAUUACUGGGCGGUAUUGUUGCAAUCAUUUCAAUUGCAGGUUACAAAUCCCAAAUUAAUGUCGAGUCAAAUAGUUUAUGUGAUUUUGCAUGUCGUAAGGCAAAUGAUCAAAUGUGGAGAAUUUUAAUUGGGUUUGGUGCUGUUCCUGGUUUAGUUGCUCUUUAUUUCAGAUUGACUAUUCCAGAAUCCCCAAGAUAUACUUUUGAUGUCUCUAAUGAAUUGGAAAAGGCAACUGCAGAUGCAGGCAAGUUUGUCUCUGGUAAACAUGGUAAUGCCGAUGUUGGUGAUAUUGAAUAUCUUGCUGAACAUGAAGAUAAGAACGUACUUGAAAAUUAUGCUCCUCCAAAGGCUUCCUUUAAAGAUUUUUGGGCACAUUUUUCUCAAUGGAGAUAUGGUAAGGUUUUAUUAGGUACAGCUGGUUCUUGGUUUAUGCUAGAUGUUGCAUUCUAUGGAUUAGGUUUGAAUUCGGCGAACAUUUUGAAAACAAUUGGUUUUGCUAAAUCUAAGAAUAUCUACCAUUCUCUAUAUAAUCAAGCUGCUGGUAACUUGAUUCUUGUUUGUGCUGGUUCAAUUCCUGGUUAUUGGUUUUCCGUGGCAACUGUUGAUACAAUUGGUAGAAAGCCAGUUCAAUUUUGGGGGUUUACCAUUCUUACAGUAUUAUUCUGUAUUAUCGGGUUUGCUUACCAUAAAUUAUCAGAAGGUGGCUUAUUGGCGCUUUACAUUCUCUGUCAAUUUUUCCAAAAUUUUGGGCCAAAUACAACCACUUUUAUCGUUCCAGGUGAAUGUUAUCCUACGAGAUAUAGAUCGACUGCUCAUGGUUUAUCAGCUGCAAGUGGUAAAAUUGGUGCUAUUAUUGCACAAACUUGUAUCGGUACCUUACAAAACAGAGGUUGUGCUGCAAAGGGUUUAGCUAGUGGCUGUUGGUUGAAUCACGUUAUGGAAAUCUUUGCAUUGUUUAUGUUAUUAGGAAUGGGUACUACUCUUUGUAUUCCAGAAACCAAGAGGAAAACUUUGGAACAAAUUUCUGAAGAAGUUCACGGUGAUUGUGAGUUAAAACAGAACCUCAACUAUGUUACAAACUCAUCAAUUGACGAAGAGAAGACUGCAAACAUGGCAUGA